UGGCUCGGUGAGUCAGCGGUGAAGGAAAGUGCUUCAGCCGUGUGGCAAGGCCAAGCACUGCACUUGCUCACUUCACUUCUCACUUCUCACUUCUCACUUCAUAUUCAACUCAAAUUGGUGCCCAGAAUGCUUCGAAACGACGACGUUCGCAUCGUUUCUUCUUCCAUUAAAAUCCCUCUUCUUCCAAAACCCUCUCAUUCUCACUCUCACUCUCCUCUCGCAACCGCGCGUUCUCACAUCGCAAACGCCGCCAACUCAAUCACGCAACUCAUUCACUCGUUCACGGCUCACUCCACCGAGUUAACUCGGACCGCGCUGCGAAAACCGUUGCCGUCGCCGUCGUCGCUCCUGUGCUCGGCGACGUUGUCGCUCACCGAUGAGAGGAAAGGAGGAGGAGCUUCUUCGUCGCCGAUUCUGUGUUCGGCGUCGUUGUCUCUGGCGGAGGAGUCUCAGCAGAAGGCUCGACAGAGCGAGGAGCGAGUGCUCAUCAGCGAGGUUCUUGUUCGGAACAAGGAUGGUGAAGAACUCGAAAGGAAGGAUCUCGAGGCGGAGGCUGCGCAGGCUCUCAAGGCUUGUCGACCUAACUCGGCUCUCACAGUGCGCGAGGUGCAAGACGAUGUGCACCGCAUCAUCAAUAGCGGUUACUUCUGCUCCUGCGUGCCGGUUGCUGUUGAUACGCGUGAUGGUAUUCGAUUGAUAUUUCAGGUAGAACCAAAUCAAGAGUUCCAAGGAUUGGUAUGCGAAGGAGCGAAUGUUCUUCCGGCUAAGGUUUUAGAGAAUUCUUUUGGAGAUGGAUAUGGGAAAGUUAUCAAUUUGAAGCGCUUGGAUGAAGCAAUAUCUUCCAUUAAUGGCUGGUACAUGGAACGAGGUCUUUUCGCCAUGGUUUCAGCUGUUGAGAUUCUCUCUGGAGGUAUUUUGAGAUUACAAGUUUCAGAGGCUGAGGUCAAUAAUAUUUCCAUUCGGUUUCUGGAUAGGAAGACUGGUGAGACUACUGUAGGGAAGACAAAACCUGAAACAAUACUUCGGCAAAUUACAACGAAGAAGGGACAGGUUUACAGCAUGCUUCAGGGGAAAAGGGAUGUUGAAACUGUAUUAACUAUGGGGAUCAUGGAAGAUGUUAGUAUUAUUCCCCAACCAGCAGAUGCGGGGAAGGUUGAUUUGGUGAUGAAUGUGGUGGAACGUCCUAGUGGAGGGUUUUCUGCUGGUGGUGGUAUAUCAAGUGGGAUUACAAGUGGUCCACUGAGAGGACUCAUUGGAAGCUUCGCAUAUUCUCAUAGGAAUGUUUUUGGGAGAAACCAGAAACUCAAUAUUUCCUUAGAGAGGGGUCAGAUUGACUCAAUCUUUCGCAUUAACUACACAGACCCUUGGAUUCAAGGAGAUGAUAAACGAACAUCUAGAACAAUAAUGAUCCAGAAUUCAAGAACGCCUGGAACAAUUGUUCAUGGUAACGUGGAUGGUAACAGUAGCCUGACCAUUGGCCGCAUCACAGGUGGUAUGGAAUUCAGUCGACCAAUCAGGCCAAAGUGGAGUGGAACAGCAGGACUUAUUUUCCAGCGUGCCGGAGUCCGUGAUGACAAAGGUGAUCCUAUCAUUAAGGAUUGUUACAGCAGUCCACUUACUGCAAGUGGCAAUACCCACGACGAUACGUUGCUUGCUAAAAUCGAAACUGUUUACACUGGUUCUGGUGACCAUGGAUCUUCUAUGUUUGUCCUCAACGUGGAACAGGGGCUUCCUCUUUUGUCUGAAUGGCUGUCCUUCACGAGGGUGAAUACACGGGCUAGGAAGGGUGUUGAGAUAGGUCCUGCUCGUAUUCUUUUGAGUCUAUCUGGUGGUCAUGUGAAGGGAAAUUUCUCUCCCUAUGAAGCUUUUGCCAUUGGUGGAACAAACAGUGUCAGAGGCUAUGAAGAAGGUGGUGUGGGAUCUGGUCGAUCAUAUGUGGUUGGCUCUGGAGAAAUUUCUUUUCCCAUGUUUGGGCCAGUUGAAGGUGUUGUGUUUUCUGACUAUGGAACUGAUCUUGGGUCAGGUCCAACUGUCCCUGGUGACCCUGCUGGAGCAAGGGGGAAGCCUGGAAGUGGACACGGGUAUGGGUUCGGCAUCCGCGUGGAUUCGCCUCUAGGUCCUUUGCGUCUUGAAUAUGCCUUUAAUGACCAGAAAGACAAGAGGUUCCACUUUGGAGUUGGCCAUAGAAACUAAACGACAAUUCUUACCAAGUGUAACAUAAUUGUUUAAUAUAAUCCAUUUUUUAAAGCUUGCAAGUGCUUCAUAAUUG